ACCCACUUACUUCCCUUUAAAUGUAAAUCAAAGAGGAGAAAGAGAGAGAGGGACCAGACCAGAAAUUGGAAGAAGAAAAGGAAACAAAGAAAACAAGAGAGUGGAGAAAGAGAGAGAGAGAAAGAGAGAUCAUGUGCAAUCACAGGAAGCGAAUGGAAUGGUGGGGUACUAGUACCAGUAAUACUAGUAGCAGGAAGAAGAAGACGACCAAGACGAUGGCGUUGAGGAAGUUCGAGGAGCUUCCGCCAUACAUGAAGGACAACGAGUACAUAUUGGAUUAUUACAGAUGCGAGUGGCCCCUGAAGGAUCUCUUGUUCAGCGUCUUUGCCUGCCACAACGAAACCCUCAACAUCUGGACCCACUUGGUGGGGUUUUUGAUAUUUGUAGGACUGACGGUCAUGACCUUGACCAACAACUCACUAUUGGAGCUGCACAUUUUCUCCAGCAGGGCUGUGGCGGUUCCUGGACCGUUGAUCAAUGUCUCCUCCUCCUCUUCCUCCUCUCACAAUGUGGAUGCAUUUCUUCCUCGUUCGCCGGACUUAAAGGGACAUGCAUCAUCAAUCAUUCAUGCGAAAGCGAAUGCAAACCAAGAAGUUGGUUACGAUGGUAUUAAUCCGCUUACAAUGUGGCCGUGGUUUGUGUUCCUAGGUGGAGCUAUGGGAUGCUUGGUCUGCAGUUCCCUUUCCCACCUCCUUGCUUGUCACUCUAAACGCUUCAAUUUUUUUUUCUGGCGCCUAGACUACGUCGGCAUCUCUCUUAUGAUCGUCUCUUCUUUUUUUGCUCCCAUUUACUAUGUCUUCUCCUGCAACCCUUGCUCUUGCUUUUUCUACCUUUCUUCCAUAUCUCUGCUCGGGAUCCUCGUCAUUGUUACCCUUCUUUCGCCUAGUCUCUCUAGACCCCGUUUCCGCCCAUUUAGGGCUACCCUUUUCCUCUCUAUGGGCUUCUCCGGAGUCAUUCCUGCGCUUCAUGCCCUAGUUAUCCAUUGGGGCAAUCAACAUAUAAUUGUUGCUUUGGCUUAUGAACUUGUUAUGGCCAUCUUAUAUGCUUCGGGAGCAGCAUUCUAUGUCGCUAGAAUACCAGAACGGUGGAAGCCCGGUAAGUUUGAUAUUGUAGGGCACAGUCAUCAGAUCUUCCACAUCUUUGUUGUGCUAGGCGCACUUACACAUAGCGCUGCUACUCUGGUUUUAAUGGACUUUCGCCGAGGAUCACCAACCUGUUCAUAUUAGGUGGUAUUUGUGGUGGUGACUGGUGAGGGCUACAAUCAUUCUGGCACCAGGUUUUAUAUUAGUUUCUUUAGCCUUGCAUAUUAGUAAGAAAAUGGCUGCACGCAACGCAUGUUUACUGAAAAUGUUGUACUUUUAACAUCCAUAAUUGAUGGAUUAUACAUGUUAAGAACAGAUGAUAUCAUUUCAUAUCAACCACCAGCAGUUUUUCA